AGAGGGGGGGGGUCAACAGAGGCCCCGCCCCUGGCUCGCUCUGCGGCUGCGCGUGGCCGCCGUCAGCCGUCCAGUCAGGUCGUGAGCGGGCGUGGAGGCUCUUUUUUGCCCGGGCGAGAUGGCGGUGAGGGCGCUGAACCCCAAGGCGGAGGUGGCGAGGGCCCAGGCCGCCCUGGCCGUCAACAUUAGCGCGGCGCGGGGCCUCCAGGACGUGCUCCGGACCAACCUCGGCCCCAAAGGAACCAUGAAGAUGCUUGUGUCUGGUGCUGGAGAUAUCAAGCUUACUAAAGAUGGCAACGUCUUGCUUCAUGAGAUGCAAAUCCAGCAUCCGACUGCCUCCUUGAUAGCCAAAGUCGCCACAGCGCAGGACGACAUCACAGGUGAUGGGACAACCUCCAACGUUCUCAUCAUUGGUGAGCUGCUCAAGCAGGCAGACCUCUACAUUUCAGAGGGUUUGCAUCCCCGAAUAAUUACAGAGGGCUUUGAAGCGGCCAAGGAGAAAGCCCUUGAGGUCCUGGAGCAAGUGAAGGUAGUGAAGGACACAAAGGAGAUGGACAGGGAGAUGCUCCUGGAUGUGGCCAGAACCUCCCUUCGGACCAAGGUCCACGCUGAGCUUGCGGAUAUAUUAACCGAGGCUGUUGUGGAUUCCGUUCUGGCAAUCAGGAAACCAAAUGAGCCGAUUGAUCUGUACAUGGUUGAAAUAAUGGAGAUGAAGCACAAAACCGAAACUGACACAUCGUUGAUCCGAGGCCUUGUCUUGGAUCACGGCGCUCGCCAUCCUGACAUGAAGAAGCGCGUGGAAGACGCUUACAUCCUCACUUGUAACGUAUCACUCGAGUAUGAGAAAACAGAGGUGAAUUCCGGGUUUUUCUAUAAAAGUGCGGAAGAAAGAGAGAAACUGGUUAAAGCAGAAAGGAAGUUCAUUGAGGAGCGAGUGAAGAAGAUCAUCGAUUUGAAGAAAACCGUCGUGGGAGACUCCAGUAAAGGUUUUGUUGUGAUCAACCAGAAGGGGAUUGACCCUUUCUCCCUGGACGUGCUGGCCAAAGAAGGAAUCAUCGCUUUGCGCAGAGCAAAACGGAGAAACAUGGAGAGGUUGACUCUUGCCUGUGGAGGCAUUGCCAUGAAUUCAGUGGAGGACCUCUCGGUAGACUGUCUGGGACACGCAGGCCUUGUCUACGAAUACACGCUGGGUGAGGAGAAAUUCACUUUCAUUGAGAAGUGCGACAACCCCCGUUCGGUGACUCUGUUGAUCAAAGGCCCAAACAAGCACACGCUGACGCAGAUCAAGGACGCUGUUCGGGACGGACUGCGUGCUGUCAAAAACGCCAUAGAGGAUGGUUGCGUAGUUCCAGGCGCUGGGGCCCUGGAGGUGGCCAUUGCCGAUGCUCUUGUGAAACAUAAGGCCACCAUCAAAGGAAGGGCCCAGCUGGGGGUGCAGGCUUUCGCCGAUGCCUUGCUCAUCAUUCCUAAGGUGCUCGCACAGAACUCUGGCUAUGAUCCUCAAGAAACGCUAGUGAAACUUCAGGCCGAAUAUGCCGAGUCGGGGCAGCUUGUCGGCGUGGAUCUAAAUUCUGGUGAACCAAUGGUGGCUGGAGCAGCUGGAGUGUGGGAUAAUUUCAGUGUUAAAAAACAGCUGCUUCAUUCAAGCACGGUAAUUGCUAGCAGCAUUCUCUUGGUUGAUGAAAUCAUGCGUGCUGGAAUGUCCUCCCUCAAGGGCUGAGCUGAAAGCGGUCCCGAAUGGGGGGAAAGUCUCCUCAAGCAGCCUCCAGUGCCCAGAUUAAGACCUCCCUUUUGCCCAGUUGAGUUUUCAGAAUGAGCGGCGCUGUUGCCUCCUCUCCGCCACCAGGAAUUUGGCCGUUCCCAGAUGAAAACGGUUGCUUCUGUGGAAUCAGAUAUUAUUUAUUCUUGACAUGCACUGAUUCGAUACAUCUGGCGUUACCUUCCUUUCUACCCAAUAAACAAUUCCACUCUCUU